AUGUUGACUGUGGUGGUACAAGUGGAGCUGGAGAGGGGAUCAGGCCCCGAGGAGACCCAUAGCCCUACAAUCCUUCUGGAGGGGCCCAAGAGCCUUCGACUUCUUCAGCUGGGGAACUUAGAGACUCAGGAAGCAGAGCAGGAGCUACUGGCACGAGUCCAAACAACACUGGCUUCUGUGGGCCAAGGGUACAGUAUAUCUCUGCUGCUCCGAGGCAGGAAGACAGAGGCCCCCCGAUUUGUGCCCCAGUUGCUGCAGAUGCUGUUUGAGGAAGCUCUGUCCCUCCACCGCUCUGAUCAUGUGCUUAGCACUCUUAGCCUGGUGCAGAUCAGCCCCAGCGGGAAGGCGUGGGACCUGCUCUCCCCAGGGGUGGAGGACCUGUCGGUGCUGGAUGUGGCUCCUCUAGGCUUGGUGGUGGAACAUGCCAGUGAAGUGGAAGUGUCUGACGCAAGAGCUGCCUCAGAGCUAUACUUACAGGCUACAGGGGGUGAAGGCAGGGAUUGCCCCUUGCUGCGGGUGUUGGCGGGUGAGGCUGUUGGUGAGAAGGUAGACGGUUCUCUGCCUUGGAUUGUCUCAUGGCUUCUGGAAGGAAACAACUACAGUGGACUCCUUAUUCACCUGGACCCCCAAGAUGGAUGGGGCAAGGGCAGCUCCCUGCCUUUGCUUCAGGCUGCUCUCUUGGGGGCAUCAGGAAGGAGGAUGCAGAUGAAAGAGGUGAAGCCCACUUGGUGGGAUGCGGUAGAAGAGGCCUGGGCCCGCCGGGCUAGCCUGAGGACCCUGCGUUUGAGCCUCUUUGGGGACACCUUGACAGACAGUGGGCUUAGCCAGCUGGGAAGGGCACUGCGUGAGCUACAGGUCAAGCCUGAGCCAACGAAGUAUCCUAAGCAAGGAAGACAACAUUAUUCCCAUUUGUCAGAAAGAACAUCAUCUCUAGGGCCUGGUCUCCACCAAAAGCAUCCUCUCAGGAACUCUGAGGAACAGUUCCAGCAGGCCCCAGAUGUGGCUCUUCAGUUGCUCAUGGCUCAAGUUCGGAGGCAGAGAUUGAGAGAGCAGCACCAAAUUUGGAUCCAAGAGGAGAUAAAGCAUUUGGAACAGGAAGAGGUGGUACAUGAACAGGUCAAAGGCCUGGUGGCUGAAGAGGAGACCUGUGAGAAGAGGCCGAGAUGGCACCGGGAGCUGAAAGUACUGAGACUUCAGGUGGAGGCCCUGCAGGCAGAGCGGGACAUCGCAGAGGAAGACUUGGCAUUCUUCUAUGAUCUGCAUGUGCAGGCCACCAGAGCACAGACAAGCCACAUAUUACAGGUAUUUCGAGCCUGGCAGAGGCUGCAGGAAGAGCAGGCCAUGACCACAGAGCAUCGUCACCGCAGCCUACUGGCUUGUGUCCUGCAAGACACCAUUGACCUGGCCUCGAGGAACCAGGAGCUCCAAGCCCAGAACCAGCAGCUUCAGCAGGGUGCAAUGAAGGGAGGGGCAGUCAGAUUGGAUCUCUGCCUUAGGGUGAAACCUCAUGAUUAGGAACUCUUCAGUGGUGUUAGAAUUGGAUGCAGUGGCACAUAUAUCUGUAAUCCCAGCAACUGGGGAGGUUGAAACGGGAGGAUCACAAAUUUGAGCUAGCCUCAGUAACAA